AUGGCGGAAUUGAAGAAGGCUAAAUUAACGCGAGCUCGAGUCAAAGGACAAGUGACGCGGAUUUUCAAUUAUAUCUCAACAGAACAAGGCAUCACAUAUCAACAAGCAGAGACCCGUUGUAAAAAACUGGAAGAAUUGUGGGCAGCGUUCAAUGAAAACCAACUACAACUGGAAGAAUUACGCAUAAAAGAAGAGGAACAAUUGGAAGAUGUGGUGAAAGAGGAAGAAGGAGAGAGAAUCGUCUUCGAAACCAUGUACUAUGAAGCAACAGACAAGGUACGCAGCGUCAUGGCAGAAACGCAACAAGCAGCAAAUUUAGUGGUAAUGCAAGAACAGCAAACGAAUAGGGAACAGCCUCCAGGUACGAUUAAUGUUAAAUUACCGACGCUAACCUUACCCGCGUUUGAUGGUGAGUACGAAAAAUGGAUGUCUUUCAAAGAUGCAUUUACGUCCUUGAUACAUGAUAAUCGAAAGUUAACGGCAGUUCAGAAAUUCCAAUAUCUGCGUAGUACGGUAAAGGGCGAAGCCUUACAAGUAAUUAGUGGACUGAAUACAACGAGCGAGAAUUAUGUAAUUGCUUGGGACCUUUUGAAGGGCCACUAUGAAAAUAAGAAAUUGAUUAUCAACAGUCAUUUGACAUGGUUAUUGGAAUUUCUGCAAAUUACAAAGGAUAAGCAUAAAACAUUGAAGCAGUUUAUAGUACAUAUUAGCACUCAUUUGAAAGCGUUAGAAGUGUUAGGACAACCCGUCAAUCAAUGGGAUGCUAUCAUUAUUUUUCUUGCUAGGAACAAGUUGGAUUUUCAUUCACAGCGUGAGUGGGAGGAUGUAGUCGGACAACAAGAACAAGAUCACAUGCCAACGGUAGAAGAAUUUCUUAAAUUCUUGCAGGAAAGAUGUCGAACAUUUGAGAUGUUGAACAGUGGAAAGGUUAAACAGGAGCCUACAACACAAGAUAACACCAGUAAGAAGGUUGAGAAGCGAGUAGCGUUGGCAGUCACUACGCAAGCAUGUCCGAUUUGUCAGGAAAAGCAUCACAUUUCUAAUUGCGAGGAAUUCUUAAAAAGAUCGGUUCAGGAUCGAAAGGCAGAGGUAAGAAAGAAACAGCUGUGUAUUAACUGUCUAAGAGCAGGGCACUAUGUAAAAGAAUGUAGGUCUUCAAGUUGCCGUAAGUGUUCCAAGGCGCAUAACACGCUGUUGCACAUAGAUCAGGCGAGCGCACAGUCAGAGUCUGUCGCGAACCCUGAUACGCAAUCAUCAGAAGAAACAGAGAAAUCGACGACUACCCACUGUAAUUUUGUUCAUUGCAUGAAUCAAGCGGAUGAUUCUACACAGAAUAAUGUAGCAUUAACAAAUAGUAACAAGUCAAGUUCACAUUCACUAAUAUUACUAGCCACAGCUCAAGUGUACGUUCGCGAUGCUCAAGGGAAGCAGCAACAAUGUAGAGUUUUGCUAGAUCCGGGUUCACAGUCGCAUUUAGUGAUGAAAGAAUUAGUUGAUAAAUUAAAACUGCCAUGCAAAAGAGCGAAUCAAAUCAUUAAUGGUGUCAUGCAGUGUUCGACGGAAAUUAGAUAUUCCACGAGUCUACAGAUCGAGUCCCGUCAUACCAACUUUAAAGUGCAGAUAGAUUGUUUGGUGCUUCCUACCAUAACAGAACGAUUGCCACAAGUCAAAUUAAACAAAGAAAACAUUAAGUUACCUGACGACGCUAGAAUAGCAGAUCCCUCCUUCAACAAGCCAGGUAAAAUAGACCUACUGAUAGGCGCUGGCUUAUUUUGGAAAUUAUUGUGUGUAGGUCAGAUACAAGGUGGCCGAGGGAAUCCUACGUGGCAAAAGACUCUUCUUGGAUGGGUAAUCGGAGGCGAGAUGGUGCACGCGAAUCCUAACAAAGCAUCAACGUCGCUAAUCACAACGAAUCAAGCUCUACAAGAACAAAUCGAGAGAUUUUGGAAACAAGAAGAUAUUCAAGAACCGCGCUUACUCAGCAAACAAGAAGGUUACUGUGAAGAGCAUUUUAUCAACACAUAUUCAAGAGAGUCGGAUGGAAGAUUCAUAGUUAGUUUGCCGAAGGAUUCUCAAAUUGCUCUCGGAGACUCACGGGAGACCGCGAUGAAGAGACUGCUCGCGCUAGAAAGAAGAUUUAAACGGCAGCCAGCCCUCAAAGAAGAAUAUGUUCGCUUCAUGGAAGAGUACAAGGAUAAGAGACACAUGAGUACGGCAUCUGGGGAUGUCGCUUCCAGCAAGAAGCCAUCGUACUUUAUACCACAUCAGCCUGUACUCCGGCCCGAAAGCACUAGCACAAAGCUCAGAGUAGUAUUCGACGCAUCAGCCAAGACAGACAACGGAAAGUCACUCAACGACAUGUUGCUGCCUGGACCUAAUUUGCAAAACAACUUGUUAUAUCUUAUGUUACGAUUCCGGACGCACUUGUACACAAUAAAUGCCGAUAUUGCAAUGAUGUUUCGGCAAAUAAGGAUAGUAAAGGAAGAUCGCAAUCUUCAGUUGAUCCUCUGGAGAUGUCAAGAAUCUGAACCGGUAGAGGUAUUCAGCUUAAAUACUGUCACAUAUGGAACCGCCUGUGCGCCCUAUUUGGCACAGUGUUGUUUGCAGAAACUAGCAGAAGAAGAGGGAGAAUCAUUCCCCCUUGCAAGGAAAGCACUUCAAUCGGAUUUUUACAUGGACGAUGUAAUCACUGGAUCCGACGAUCUUGAAGAAACUAUUAUGCUGCAGAAACAACUUAUGACAUUACUAGGAAAAGGUCAAUUUCCUUUGAGAAAAUGGAGAGCAAACAAUGAAAAGAUAUUGCAACAUUUGACAGUGGAUAGCAAGGCCGAUGAACUAUUGGUAUUAAACAAAGAAGAGCCUCUGAAGGCACUUGGAUUGCUAUGGGAUCAUAGAACAGAUCUCUUACACUGCAGUAUAAGGGAUAUGGACCUUCACCGAGCCACUAAACGCACAGUAUUAUCGGAAAUAUCAAAGAUUUACGAUCCAUUGGGACUUCUAUCGCCUGUACUUAUAGUCUCCAAAAUCCUCAUGCAAAGGCUUUGGUCCUUAGAUGUUGGCUGGGACGAAAGCCUGCCGCAAGAUCUAUACACGCAAUGGAAGAGUUAUCGUUCAUCUCUAAACCAAUUACAGGAGAUAAGGGUUUCUCGUUGUGUAAAGGAAGGCAACGCAAAGGCGAAAUUUGAUUUACAUCGAUUCGGAGACGCCUCCAAGAAGGCCUACGGCGCAUGUAUCUAUGCAGUCAGCAAGGACGUGGAUGGUAAUUUACAUUCAAGACUUUUAUGCGCCAAGUCAAGGGUAGCUCCCUUAAAGACAAUAACCAUUGCAAGGUUGGAGCUGUGUGCGGCACUACUAGUGGCUCAGCUGUGUCACGAAGUACAAGAGGCAUUAGGCGAAGCAACCAACAAUAUUCACAUGUGGACAGACUCCAUGAUUGUGCUGGGAUGGAUAGAAGCCUGCCCCAGCACCUUAAAGACCUUUGUGGCCAAUAGGAUAUCGAAAAUACAACAGCUCUCGGCGAAAGAUUCGUGGCAUCAUGUGGCGUCUGGCGAUAAUCCUGCAGAUAUCCUGUCGAGAGGAACCACUACUCAGCAACUAAAGGAUAACAGCCUAUGGUGGCAUGGACCCAGAUGA